AUGACCAGGGCUGCAAGGCAUAUCAAUCUGUUGGGUUCAUCGACAUGUCUGCUUGCUUUCCUCGAUCCCGAUACCGGUAUCCUCAACUCUGCUAACGUGGGUGAUUCAGCGUUGAUGGCCUAUCGUCCAGGGACCUCAUUGGCCUAUCGGAGUGAAGAGCAGACCUUCGCGUUCAACGCUCCCUAUCAGCUUGAUAGGAAUCAGCGUAUAUCGUCUCCUCUCCGACUUGCCCAAAAAACAAGGACACGCCUAGAGGAAGGAGAUAUGGUCGUUCUCGCCAGCGAUGGUCUUUGGGACAAUGUUUUUAACAAGGAUGUGAUGCGUGUACUUGAAGAGCAGCAGACGACGUUCAUGCAGCCGCUAAAGAGCUAG